AUUUCAGAAAUGUUAACAAGACUUAGAACUUGAUUAUAGGGAACGCCUGUCUUCCGAGAGUCUACUAGAUGCUGGAAGCAAGCCUACAACCAUGCCGCGCUGCGCAAUUGGAUUAUGACCCGGCGUCCUUGAAUACUGUAUUAACUUCGACUCGGACUCUAUACCUGCUAGAUAACGUUGUACUUUGGAGCUACGGAAUGGACUCUCAUAGAUAGUAUUGCAUUAUUCGUGUAUACAACGCACGGUACCAAUGCAGGCGUACUUUAUGCUCAAUGAUGGAUGAAGUGCCAAGUUCGCGUAGGGUGAAUUGCAGAUGUCGUGAUCGAUCGAGAUAUGUAGUUAGUGCAUGCUGACUCGCCGCUCAAGCGUUUUCACCAUUGAGCUUGGCUUUACUCUCUUCAGGCUGGCUGCUCUUUCCUCCAAGUUAGCGGGAAGCCGCGACUCUGGCAUACAAUGGUCCCCGCAUGUCGAGCCGUACGGAACCUCGUCCGUCAUACGAGAUUGACCAAGUCAUGUAAUUAUGGUCCAUCUUGCGUGGCUCAUCCCCACAGGCCCGCCAGCCAUUCUACCGCCUCGUCAGGUAUUUUCUCUCCACCGGGCUCCUCUGAUUCACCAUCCGCUGCAGAGAUCGCCCCUCUUCUAGCCGAGUUCGUGUCACAUCCACCAAUGCCGCUGAAUCUCUCCACGCUACUCUCCUUGGGACGCCCACCUACACCUGAGUCUCUCUUACAAUCUGUGAAUUAUGUUCUCUCGGAAGUGCCUCGUCUGUUUGGUCUUCGAGUUCGCAAUCUCGAGGCACUUCCGUUUAUUGUCGGAAUGAAUCCAUUCAUUGCACGAAUGCUGGCCGGGCAUCGACGGAGUUUCUAUCUUUUGGCGAAGCACCCUCCUGUGACGUCUGUAGAGGAGAACGCCCAGUUCACUCGGCAGCUGGAAGCUCUGGUACAGUCACAUGUAAAUGACAUACCUGUCAUGGCCAAGGGGUGAGUGUGCAUAUUAUAUAUGCUCUAGCUUCCAGGAGUGCUCGCGUUAUUUGUCUUCUGACGAAAUUUCGGAUUUCCUCGACUCUGCGAUCCGGAAUCGUAUUUCUGUACGGCUCAUUGCUGAACAACAUAUUGCUCUAUCUCGGACAAUCGAGACUCCAAAGCAGUAUCACGACGACCACGUCGGUAUCGUACACAUGAAAUGCUCGCCGAAGGAUAUGAUUCGAAUGUGUGGUUCAUUCGUUCGUGACCUAUCUGAGGCAACUCUGGGUGCUAGUCCCGAAAUCAUCAUUGAUGGUGACGUUGACGCUACUUUUGCGUACAUUCCUGUUCAUCUCGAGUAUAUCCUGACCGAAAUCCUCAAGAACUCAUUCCGAGCCGCGGUCGAGCGGCACUACAAAAGCGGCAGCGCCCAUCCCAUUCCACCUGUCCUCAUCACCAUCUCGCCUCCGCAAAAACCCUACGCCACCCAACAACACCUCCCUUCCUUCCUGAGUAUGCGCAUACGUGACCAAGGCGGAGGUGUCCCGGAAGCCAAUCUAUCUCAAAUAUUCUCGUACUCAUUUACGACUGCCGGCCGAAACUCAGAGUACUAUGUCAAUGAUGAGGAUAAUGGCAGUGGCGGAGGACCAUAUGCGGCGCAGCAUGUUGGUGGGAGCGCGGCUAUUAGUGAGAGUAUGAAUGGAGCUGGGUUAUUUGGUGAGAUGGUCGGAAGGGGCGUGCAGCUUGGAAUGGGGACUAUUGCGGGUUUGGGCUAUGGGCUUCCGAUGAGUCGGUUGUACGCCAGGUACUUCGGCGGUUCAUUAGACUUCGUGUCGCUCGAUGGAUGGGGAAGCGACGUCUUUUUGAAGCUGAGGUCAUUAGAUGAUGCAGAAGAUAUCGAGAUCGGUUGACAGGUUGUUAUCAGACAGUCAGCAUUAGAGUAACUUACAACAGGCAGACCCAUCCCGCACUGGUAUCUAUUCCGAGAGAGAUAUGUGUAAUGGCAUUACUGUAAGCUUUGCAGAGGGACGCUGAUGAAUGCGAUCGUGAAAGUGAUGUGCAAGAAAAGACAAAAACAACCAGCAACGAAAGAACGAGAAGAUAAAACAACUAAUCAUGCACAGAAAAGAAGAGAGCAAAUCAAGUAGCGGCUGUUCCGCAGCCGAGUGAAAUACACUUGGGAACAGGGGUAUGCGACAACUAACUAUCUGGACGUGAGGAAUAGGAGACUCGCUAGCGUGUCGAGAGCAUCGUCAUUUGCCCGAGGAUAUAAGAUAAAUAGUAGUGCGGAGUUCGUCAGUUGAUGUCGUUACUUUGCGGC